UCCCCCAUUUUGGCAAGUUAUAUAUAAGCCAUGUCUUUAACUUUAACACAGUUUCUUUCAUGGAGUUUAGUAACUGUUAUCAUUUGGGUUCAAUCCUUUAGUGGAACUAAUUCCACAUUUCCUGGUUACUCUUCUCAACUCAAACAACUCCUCUCUCUCUCCCAGAGGCAUCUCAACUACUUUGCUUUUGCCUCUGAUGCUGGAAAACUCUUAGGUUUUAUUUCUGGGCUUGCUGCUAGUCAUUUUCCUGGGCUAGACUGGCUAGUUCUUCUUAUUGGUUCAAUUCUGGGGUUAAUUGGUUAUGGUUUACAAUAUCUUGCUAUAAAAUUCCAUAUUACAUUUCUAUUGUCCUUCUGGUCAUUCUUGGUACUCUCUUUUAUCGCAGGCCAUAGCAUUUGUUGGAUGAACACUGUUUGUCUUGUUUUCAUACAAAAGUUUAAGUCUAAUCACCAAGUUGCUGCAGGAAUAAUAACCAGUUAUCAAGGAUUAAGCACAAAAAUCUAUACAGAUAUUGUCCACGUUGUUUCAUCUGCACCCGGUAAAAGAGCUCAACACUAUCUUUUAUUGAACGCUAUCUUACCUAUGAUAGUGUGUGUUAUAUUUAUAGCUAACGUAGUAGCUCUAAAAAUUGAUGCUGUUGGACUUGGAGAACCUAGAAACAUGAGAGUAGCGUUCCUUUUAAUGUUUGUGAUAACAAUAUUUACUGGAGCUUAUUCAAUAAUAAGCAGUAGUUUAUCAAUUAAGAUAUUGCCUUGGGUCAAUGCCACUGUCAUCGGACUGUUCUUGUUGGCCCCGCUAACUGUCAUUCCAAUUGUAGAAAAAGUUAGAGAAAAGAGUAAUGGUGAUUUAGGCAGAAUGGAGAAAGAGGGAGAGGAUGACAAAGAAACUCAGGUUGUUGUUAGAGAAGAGAUUGUUGUUGUUAGAGAAGAGAUUGGAUGGAAGUUGAUGCUACAGAGAUUAAAUUUUUGGUUAUACAUUGUUGUUUAUUUUUUGGGUCCAACUAUUGGCCUGAUAUUUUUAAACAACUUGGGACAAAUAGUUGAAUCCCGUGGGUAUGCAGGAACUGCUUUUGUCCCUUUGAGUUCUUCCUUUGGAUUCUUUGGCCGUCUCAUUCCAUCCUUUAUUGACUACUAUAUAAGGCAUAAAAUUUCAAGACCAGCAUUAGUAGCAAUAUUAAUGGUUCCAGAGGCAGCAGCUUUCAUCUUACUUCUCAGUAGUGCCAACACCUCCCUCUUUAUCAGCACUGCCAUUAUAGGAACUUGUACUGGGGCAAUUUCUUCCAUUGCGAUAUCCAUCACGGCUGAGUUAUUCGGGACAGUGAAUUUCCCUGUAAAUCAUAAUAUUAUGGUUGCAAAUAUUCCAUUAGGAUCCCUCGUUUUUGGCCAGUUGGCUUCUCAUGUUUACCACAAGGAAGGAGUUCUAAGUGGAGAUGGAAAAUGCAUUGGAAUGGAAUGCUACAGAAGCACUUUCAUCCUCUGGGGUUCUCUUUGUUGUCUUGGUUUUUUCAUAGCUUUGGUCCUCUAUGCUCGUACACGGAAGUUUUAUUCACAAUGA